GGCGGCGACAGGCCCUGAAGCCCGGCGGGCGGGCAGCCACCGGGGCUCCUCCCCUCCUCCUCUGCUGGGGGGCUGGGCUUCAGCCGCGGCUCCUCCCCCCCUCCCGGAACGCCCCUUUGGCGAUCGGCUCCACCCAGUGGGCGCGGUUUGUGGCCCGUUCGGGGCUCCUCCCCCUGAGGGGGGCGCGCGCCAGGCCUCUCUGGAUUGGCUGAAGAGGCCCAGGUCUCCGCCGCCCCCACCGCUGCCCAGCGGGCAUUUCCGGAUCCGGGUACUGGAAGAGGCAGGAUGCUGGGGGACCUGCUGGUCUGCGGGACGCUGUUGGUCAAUGCAGGAGCAGUGCUGAACUUCAGGCUGAAGAAAAAGGAGAGCCAGGGCUUUGGUGAAGAGGUAAAAGAACCAACAACAGGUGAUAAUAUCAGAGAGUUUUUGCUGAGUCUGAGGUACUUCCGGAUCUUCAUUGCUUUAUGGAAUAUCUUUAUGAUGUUCUGCAUGAUUGUGUUAUUUGGCUCUUAAACACAUCUGGGCAGCUGAGGUGACAACUGUAAAUGUCAAACUUGGAAUCCUUGGUGAUGGCUUUCUGAUGGAAACAUGACCUUUUUGACCUUAUGAAGUAAAAGAUUACUAAAUUUCUA